AUGCCGGAGGGCGACUCUUCUUCGGUAAUCCCCGCGCAGCUUUCGUUCCUCGCUAUCUACAAUCCACAGCUGGGAACCACGGACGAGACGAUCCGAGAGCAGGUGGUUUUCUACACCUCAAGGCCCGACCUCUCACGACGACAAGGUAGUUUAACUGCUACGAAUGAGGGCCAGGAAGAUAAUGGGAUCUGGAAUGAAAGGUUGCGCCAGAUAGGCCUGGCGCAGGGCAUGGUGAGCUUUGCGAGGAAUUUCUCAGAGGGGAAGGCCGUUGAUUACAUAGAGACGGAAAGGUCGCAGAUUGUUCUGCAUGAGUUAGAGAGGGAUUGGUGGAUUCUAGCAUCUGUCGACCUGACCCGGCUGCCGGUUGGCUCUAACAAUGGAUCCUCCUCGCAGAAGGAGUCUAAAGAGCCUGUAUUCAACUACUCCUCGCGGGAGUUGACUCCCCCGCAGCUGCUCAUCCAACAGCUCCGUCGAGCGCAUUCAAUAUUCCUCCUACACCAUUCGCCGAGUCUUGAUGCCCUAUACAAGAGUGCUGGCAGGUCCACACUCUGUACCUUUCUCGAGAAUUUCUGGCUCAAGUUUGCGUGGAACUGGGACGUUCUCCUUUUCGGAAAUCCUGCUGUCGAAAUCUAUAAUGGAGUAAAGCUCUCUGCAGGAGGAGAGCUCGGGGUUGGGGUAGGCGAAGAAGAGUGGGGUUCCGGAGAACGGGAGGUGCUUGAAGACUUUGUUUCGAGAACAGAUGGACUUGUGGAUUUGGUCGUAUCUCGGUUUGGUGAUCCGUAUGAAUCCACGCACGAUUCUCAAACGACAAGCGAACCAGAAGGCGCCGCCGAGGACCGAUGGCUUGGCUCUGAUGCUUAUCCACGACCUUCAGAUGGAGUCGUAUUCUCAGGCGUGGGAGCAAUUGAGCGACAGUCUCUUGUAUCCAUAUCCCAGUGGGUAGAAUGGAUAUAUCGAUAUGGCCCAGAUGCGUAUGGUGUCGGCGAGGACCCAACAUCCCCACGGCGUUGGAAACGAAGGGCGCGGCAGCGUGGUAGGACGACUAAAAAGACUAAUAAAGAACCAUCUGCUUCUUCCGAUACCUCCCAAAGUGCUGUUCCUGAUCGCCCAUUUUCCCCAGGUAUCCCGCGACCACUUGUUACAGGAACACUGUCACCUCCGCCUCCUCCAGAUGGCCCCGAAAGGAAAUCAAAAGAGCAAACCAACGAUGAGAGCUACCAGGGCCUAGGUGAUAAGGCUAGUGAGUGGAUGGCGACGGGCACAGAGACAUUCGUGAAGUAUCUUACUCUCGGUUAUGGCUCGUCCUGGGGUUUCUCUUCCGGGUCGUCUAGCCCACGCCCUCAAGUUGAGCCGCCGAAGGGUGGAGAUGGCUCAAAUGAUAUAGGCAGCGAAGCCCCAAUGGCAAACAAUCAAUCGCGAUAUCGCAACCGUGGCAGGUACAUUAUUGGAUUACAAGACAACGAGACAAGUCCGGAUAUUAUCCUGGAAGAAACCGACCCAACAGACUCUGCGAGAUCAAACGAGAAAAUAGCCAAGCGGACUAUACAUGUCCAUUUGGCGACUCUUCAGCAAGAAUCCACAGCCUCUGUUCAGCUCCAGAUUGUAGUAUACGUACACCGACCAUUCAUAUACACCUUCCUCUUCGACACAUCGACACCCGAUCUCUUAGACCCCUCCCUCUACCAUCGCAUCCAUCAUCAGCUUGGCCCUCUGCAAAAGCCUCUAAGCAUAUCCACCUCCCCAUCAACAGCAGCAUCCCGCAUCUCUCACACCCCAGAAUCCAUCCCCAAACCCCAGCAGCAAAACCAACCCAUUUACGACCUCGUCUACGAGCCACACAACCUCACGAUCCGCUCCUCUAUCCCAAACAUCCCAAACCUCAUCUCCCAAAUCCAACCUCAACGCUCCCAGGUCCAAGACCCCUCAGCCCUCUCCCGAGUCGAAGCAAUAAGCGUCCACCACCGCCUCCUCACGACCUACAUCGAAACACGCUCCCGCCCCCUCGAACUUGAACGAACUUGCAAAACCAGCCGCGGGUGGUGGAUCGUCUGGGUCCGCGUUUCGUAUCCGCCUUCUCAAGCCAAUCCAGAUCUCCAAUCCAACCUCAAACAGAAACAUCAGGAAGCCUUCAUCAUUCGACAAGCAAGCGAUCACGCCGCUUCUUCUGCUUUGGGCCACGCCCGUAACACAAGUAGUAUUGGCGGCGGCAGUGGCGCGCGCUUCUUCAGGGACCUUGGCGGCGCAUCGUCGCCGGGGUCAUUACAGACUUUGCGGAUGGAUACGGGGCCCGGUAAGCUGGUCGAGGGGUUGGGUAUAGAUGCACGGAGGUAUAUUGAGAGUUUGCUUAGUUUGAAUAGAUAG